UGGGUCUCCUUUGUCGCCUGUACCAGGAUGAUGCGUUUGCGAGCCGUCCCGGGAGCGUAGAGAGGAACUCGAGGAUGGACGCUUGGCAGCGUGCCCCGGAGAUCCUCCCAGGCGCCCGGAGGAGGAUCUAGGAAGGGGGGUAUGACGGGGCGGGACCUCGGAUUAGGAGCGACAGGGACCGCCCAUCUUUCGCUCGCAGAGUCCUCUUGGUGGUCUGCGAUCGCCUUCGGCUGCUCUUCUGCUGUGGGGAGAGGGACACGAUGGCGCUUGCCCGAGGCAGCCCCCUGGCCCUUGGCGUCCUCUGGUCGCUCCUGCUGCUGCUGCUGCUGCCUAGUGGUUUCUGUGAAAACUGUACAGCAUACACAGAUUCUGAUGGCCAUUUAUAUUCAGAAAAAUCUUGCCCGGAUUUCUGUUGUGGAACCUGUACAAGCCGAUAUUGUUGCUCUAACUUGUUACAGAAAUUUGAUGAAGAUCAUCAACUUAUGUGUAAUGAGAUGUCAGAAAGUAUGUUGGAGGAGCCUGUCAUAGGAGAAGCAAUGAAGUACAGAUCAGAUUUUGAUGACUGGAAUGCAGCUCAAGAGAAAAGCUUUGGGACCUUUGUAGCAAUUGCAGUUACCCUCUUCGUGCUGUUUGUUGUGACCAUUAUUCUCUGUUUCACCUGCUCAUGUUGCUGCUUGUAUAAAGUAUGCCGAAGGGAACGACGGCCUGUUGUAACAACUACUACAGCCACUACAGUGGUGCAAGUGCCAUACCCCCAGCAGCCUGGAAUAGCACCAGGUUACCAUGGAGGUUACCGUGCAGAAUAUAGUCCUGUACCAGUGCAGCCACAGCCCGGAGUGCCAGCAGCACCCUACCCGACACAGUAUCCUCCACCUUACCCCAUGCAGCCUGCAGGACCUCCAGCCUACCACGAAACAAUGGCAGGUGCUGGCGCUUCCUAUCCAGCAACUCAGCCACCCUAUAACCCUGCAUAUAUGGAUCCUCCAAAGCCUUAUUAAAUUGACUUUGUGCUGUGUCUCUGCACAGAUUUCUUCAAACUGAAUCCGUCUUGUGGCACGCUGUCUUAAAAUACUGUUCUGUUACAGGGGGAAAAAAACAAUGACCAAGAAAAUGUAAUCUUUUUAAAAUGCCUUGAAUACUGCAAAAGGAAAACAAGAUCCUCCACCUGGAUUUACUUUCUUACACCUCAUACAAUUAAAAUAGUUAUUCAGAGUUAGAAAAAGAUGAAAGCAAGAACAAUUCAACAUGGAAAUCAUGGAUAUAUCCUACAAUACUUUGAGGUCCAAUAAAAGGGAAUGUUUAUGAUAAGACAAGUAGCAGUCAUAAUUUUGCCAAUCAUAGAAAACAAGAGGUAUGCCUUUGCAAAAUCUUGAUACUGUGUGUGUGGGGAGGGGUGUUGUUUGCUUGUUUUGGACUACUGUUAUAAAGUAACUUCAAAUGGAAAUGUUGUUUGAUAGAAUGUAGCCUUUAGGAAGGAAUAUUGCAAAAUUUAUUGUGUGUAUAAUUGUUCUGUAUUUUUGUCCUAUGUGUAGCUUUUAUGCAUUCAUUCACUCUACUGUUCAGUUUUUCUGAAUUUUAUGUUGUCCAAGUUAAUUUUUUUGGGUGCUUCACUUUAAAAGAUUAGUGUUUCAGUUUUUAUCCAUGCAAGCAAUUUUAUCUUUCUGCUAAAAGUAUAUCAAAAGCGUAUCUCAACUGACACUGAAUAAGAACGGUUAAAUGAGAACAUUUUAUAGAGUUUUGUUACUUCAGGAUAUAACUUUGUUGUACAACAGAUUUUUUGGCCAUUUGAGAAGAAACCAUUUUCCAUCUGAAAAUUAAUGUAUCAGUUUCUCCUUAAUUUUGCCUAUUAGUUUGGAUUCUGGGGCAAGAAAGCAUGAAAGGUAAGAGGAUCUGCCCUGUACUGUUGGAACAGAAGAGUUACCUGAUGCAUUCUUUGUGUUCUAUAGCAUAUAUGCUAACUGAGAUGCUUCAGAUGGAAAGUAACCUUCAAAUUAAAUGUUAUAUUCCAAAGAGGAACUUGUCUGAGAAAUAAUAUUUUUAAAAACCUUAAAAUUUUAUAUUUUGCACAGCAAUGUUCUUGUACUGAUGGCUGGAGCUGACUAGUGUGAAACUUGGCUGAAUAAAGAAAAGAAACUGGCCCCAUGGAAUUAGGGACUUGACAACAAUAUGAAUAAGUGAAAAGGCAUUUCUUGUUUGUUUAAAUGUUGAAACCAAAUUAUAUAGUAAGUUACUGAAAUACUUUCUGCAUUGCAAACUGAAAAUAUGUCCAAUAGGUUAUGGUUUUUAAGUUUAACUCGUCUAAACUGGGACUUGGAAAGCUACCUAAAAUUGGAAAAUGGGCAUGCACGUGAUAAAAAAAAAAAUCAGGGCUGUUUAACAGAAUAGUGUUGAAGUAUAUCUUCUGGAUUUACAUGGUUAGUGAGGUGUUCAAAUUCUUCUAAACCUUGCGCUUGUAUAAUUUGCUAACAUUUUCUUUUUUCUAAAGAGCUUUUUUUUAAAAACAGACUAACAAUGAUGGUUUUUUACUCCUGACAUUUAAAAGAAGAGUACGGCUGAUUUUGUUCUUAUCCUCUUCUAUAUGUCAGUCUCCCACAAAAAUGGCAAUCUUUUGGGGCCUGCAAGGUACAAUUGAAGGCAUAAAGUAAUAGUCUGUCUUUCCGUUUGGCAUGCAUUUGUUGUACUGAUAUAUACAGUCCCUUAAAUUUUAAAGAAGAGUAUUAUCCUUAAGCAUUUAUCCUUAAACAAUUCUCGCUGAAAUCAGUGAGAAUUGAAGGGAUUUUGAAAUAGUUGAUGUCCUGCAUAAUUUAUGGCACACAGUUUUCAUUCCUGUGUUGUUCCAUUUGAAGGUGUCCAAGUACAGAACUCUAGCAGGUACCAAGGACACCAUAAACUGCUAGCAGACCUGUUUGAUUGGCUUGGGCAGGGGGAGAGACAUAGAGAAAGAAACAAGUCUUUGUACAUUCCUAUUUUAGGAGAUGGUAUUAUUACAAAUUGCUGCUGGAGUUACAUAGCUGCCUGUAUUUCUCUGCACAGAAAACUAUUUGAGGAGAGUUGCUGUAACCUUUGUACCACUUUAAUGGUCAUUAUUCUUCCUGUUGUUUUUGCUAUUAAAGAAGCCACAUGUAAAAUGACUUUUUUUUAAAUGUAAGCAUAAGCAAAUGCAGUCUUUUGCCUACGUAUUUGGUCCAUGUAAUAAUAAUGUAGAAUAAGAAAGAUUUCUGGAGAUAAUUUCCCUCACAGUGAGUUUAGUGUUAAAAUGAAGGGGGGGGGGGCUUGAUAUAGGUAAUACUUAUGAUGAGGGAAAGAUAUUUAUAGAUUUCCAUGUGUUACAAAGAGAAGCCUUUUUAAGCUUUAAUUUUUUUGCUUAUUGUAUAAGUAACUGCUGCUUAUACAUUACUGCUGAAAAAGCGUUCCUCUAUCUUCCUUUCUAAGCGAUGGGAGGUAUCUUAGCUCAACCCAGCUGGCAUACUGCAUAUUCUUCUGUAAGCUGGGUGAAUUUAGUGCUCACUGUCUGGUUGUAAAUCCUUCUCUGAUCCUACGUUGCAUCACAAAGAAUGGCUCCUCCCGCCAUCAGAUGUAUCAGUGAUGUAAAACCAUAGGGUAGACCUGUAACAAAGAUGCCUUCCUGCUUUCUCCUUCGCUUCUAGCGAUAGGUGGAGAGAUUCUUUUUUAAUUCUUGGCAUUGACUUUAAUACACUGAGUAUUCACCACCAUUGUGAGCCAUGCAAUCUAGUUUACAGUCAUAUGGUUUGUUUAGAAAUGGCAUGAAUGUAUAACUAAGAACAGAACUUGUCCAUGACAGUAUUUGCUUGUGUACUGCUAAUAUUUCUCUGCUGGUAAUCCUGCAUUUACGCACACAAGUCCUAUUGAAAUCAGUAGAUCUUGCAUGUACGUAUGAAGGAUUGUCAUCAAUGAGAGAGCCUUUAUUUUGUGCAGUAAAAGUGUCAAUUUAAUUUUUUAACUAAAACAGAAGGGAAGUGGAACUUAAGCUUUAUAUUCAAUUUUUUACUACUUCUAGAAGUGCCUUUUCAAUGUACUGUCUUAAUGAACCUUACAAUUCUUGGUUUUUAUAAUUCUGCUUGUACUUGGUUUGUUUCCCAUAAUACAGAAUAUCUAUUCAAAGGUUUUGCAUGACAUUCACAACUCUUUGUAAUAAAUGUAGAUGGUUAAAAUA